AUGGCCGAUUUCUUAGGGGCCAUGUCUGGUCAAGUCGGCUCGCAGUUCUCAUCAUCUGCUCCAGACCUGCUUGAUCAAGCCAGACUUCCCGGGCAGAUUUUCAGAAUUCAAAAGAAGCAGCAGGAGCUUCUAGAAAAGGCCGACUCAUGGGCUCAAUAUCUUGCCAGACAGCCAAAACCAGGAGUCAACCUGCCAAUAGAGGUUCUAGAAAAUUUGAGAGAGUUUCACAGACGGGAAAAGAAAGCGGCAGAACAUGCAGAGACAAGUCUUCGGUUUCCACGGGGAGGACAAAGGAAUCUUCACCAGGACGACAGCCUUAAAUCCCAAGCCUCGCGGUCAAAUAGCAUUGUCUCGGAGAACGCCUCAGACGAAGCUGAAGAUGUUGGCUCGGCGAUCUCUUGGUCACCAAGUCCUGCACGAGGCGACAAAUUCACAAAAGAGGAUUCGAUUGACUCAGCACCGAGCCAGCCAUCCAGCCAAGUUCAUCAUAACGACAACGAUGAUGGUGGUGAUGAUGAUGGUAGCGAACAACAGGCUUUCAUGUCCCAAAUUCCGGCAAGAUCGCCGUUGCUGCAGCCCACGAUAAACGAAGCAAGGACACAACAAAGGGCCCGGCCUGUAUUCAAUGACUUUCCCUCCAGCAGUCUCGGCGCGGAUGAGGAACUCGAGGUAGUGGCACCCAACGCUCUUGUUGAAGAGCAACCAGCACCUAAAAAGAGUAGCCAAUCGAAUCCCACACCACCCUCAGCUCAGGUACAGGUCCCAUGCACAUUCGAUGCCAACAGCUCUGUGCCAGAGAGACCUUGCAAAGAUUUGGCUAGCAUUCAGACCGUACAAGAGCGCCUAGCCAGGAAGAACAAGAGUGCCCCAGCCGGGCUCAUCUCUUUGCCGCAAACAACAAACCAUACUGCUGAUGUUCCUGAUUCUCAGUCAUCCGUGGACUCUAAUUCAUCAGUUAUUCCUGCAACAAACUUUUCCAAACAGCACAGGAGUCCGGUCAGACCUCUGAGAAUGCAGCCAAUCAAGUCAACAAUCAAAGAGACACCGCGACUACAUUCAAGAUCAAUUUUGCAACCGACCAUUGAAGAGUCUUCUCCACCUCCUCCUCUACCACCGCCCGAGCAUCUUAAACCAGUACGAGACCUUGAUAGUAACGAAAUGACGAGACCGAAAGACGGCCCAGGCUCUUCUCGAAUAGCCUCACCUUUACCGAGAGCCCCCUCUGAGCCAGCAACCCUCUUUGUAUCACAAGAGGCGAAAUUCUCUGAAACUUCUUGGUCUCCCUUUGUCGACUAUUGUGUUGCUUAUCCAAGCUAUACUGGGAGCCUUACUGACUUUGUCUCGGCCUGUUUGUGUAUACCGAAAAGACGCCUUGCCACUUAUCAAUAUGAUGAUUUCAUUCGUGCGUGGAAAGAAGGCUAUUUGUCAUACGUUCAAGGGUCCCAAGAGGGCGCUCUUGUAGCCAUUGAUUGGUACAUGGAGAUGGCUGACGAUCUGCCCCUUGCAUAUCAAGCCAAUGUUGUCACCAAAAGCAACCUCAAAAAGGUCCUAGAGGCUUACCCAGAAGAGGUGGCACUGAUGAAGCCAGCACAUGAAAUGGACCAGGUUCAUAAGAGCCAGGCCCUUGAUGAAGCACCACUAGAUGUGGCCGAAGAAGUGCAACAUUUAGCGAGCGAAGCGCCAGCAGCGCCUGUUACGAGCACGGUGGAUGUAGAGUCAAGAGCUGAUUGUCCAUCACGCCGCUCGUCGACUUCAUCAGUAGGCUUUGAGGACCCACCAUUGCCAAUAAAACCUCGAGCUUCAAUGGUAGAAAGAGCCCCGGGUGAGCCAUCAGCUGCCUCGAAGUUGCGUUCUAGAACCGCAGUCGUCGAUCUCAAGUCCCCUCAAAAACGACGAUCCGAUGACGGAGUUUUUCAGCCGCCCUCAAAGAGAACAUCUCGGGCCUCUGUGACCCCUUCAGAGGCUAGCAUGAGGGCUGGACCGACGGUGUCCAGAAGCAUGAACUACAUGGCCGAAGUUCAACCUCCUCCCACAUCUACAGGCCUUUCAUCAAAGUCUGACGCGUCGAGUAGUCGCAAAAAGGCGAAGACAGUGUCAGACUUCAAGAAGUUUUUAAGAUCAGAGAAAGUGAGAAAGCGACAUUUGGAUAAUAUUAGUAUCGCUAGCUCAGCACCCCCAGGAACUGCGCCAGUUUAUGGACGAAGAGGUGGACCAUCCAAUUGA